AUGACGAACCCUAGCGACGAGCUCAACGAAGCAACAGAGCAACCGAUAGAGCAACUAACGGAGCAGCGAUGGGGGCGAACGAGAGCACGAACCGUACCACCUCUACCUUCUUCAACCAUCUCAGCCGAAGGCCCCUUGCCGAGCGCGACACCUCCGCCAGCGCCCGACGCGCCCUUCGAGCCUCUUACAACUGCUGCAGCCGGACCCGGACCUGUCACCGACCAGCUGGUAACUGACGCCACCGCUCUCCUCAGCGCCGCCCUCACGUGCGCUGCCGCUCUCCCCAGCGCCACUCUCACCAACGCCGCCGCUCACCCCAGCGCCACUCUCCCCAAUGCUUUGCCCAUCCAGAGGAGCGGGCUCGACGACCUGAUGCAAGUCAUACUCGAUCGACUCGACGGUCAGGAAGCGCGAACAAAUGAACGGCUCGAAGCAAUCGUGGCGGCACAAGAAGCAUCGCAAAAUCAAAUAAGCAGGCUCCAGCAACGACGGAGCGAGCGCCGGAGCGAGAACGACCAUGGCGAGCAGCACGCGAAUCCACCGCCCCCUGCACCGCUGUCCGUCGAAGAACGCUACGAAGGCCACAGACGCCGCCCAGCGUCUAUAGUCGUAGGAUCCAUCGAUCGACGUAGCAGGCGGGAACCAGCUGACGAACACCAGGACCGUCAAGAACCGCCAACCUCAAAGUCGGCCAAAGGAAAGGAAAAGGCACAGGACGAGCAUCAUGAGCCUCGUCAGCACUUCGACAAGGAAUACGCUGAUAAGCUGGAAAAAGCAAAGAAAGCUCAAGCGUUCGCUGUUAGCGAUCAGGACCCCCAGGCGUCAUCAUCGAAACCCUGGAAUAACAAAUGGGUCCGGGACCCAUCGGGUAAGGGUGGAAAGAAGUACUGCAACUACCAUAAACGAGCAGGGCAUACCACUGAAGAAUGCCGCACCCUCCAGCAAAUACUGCUGGAUAAAUUCAAGGGAGGCCACAUUGACGUCGAACACGAGCGACGACUAACAACGGCCCACAGAGAUAGUCAAUUUUUUAACCCUGAGGACGAAAAUCCCAGUAGGCAGUACAACACAGCUCCCGCGCCACAGCACAUCACAAGGGCCCUACCCCUGCCCCCGCCCCCAGCACCAACCCUUAAAAGGAACCCCGAGCCGGUCGACGACCCAAAUGCUCCAGCUCCGCGCCGAAGAAUUAAUAUGAUUAUGGGCGGCCUAACGACUUGCCGAGACUCGGUGCGUUCCAUCAAAGCUUAUCAGCGGGGACUAGAAGUGAAGCGGGACUGGAUGGCUCAAAGUACACCGCCGACUACAACCUAUGAGCCGAUCACAUUCACAGAAGACGAUGCGUCAGGCCUAGCUGGGCCGCACAACGACCCCCUCGUAGUCGAGAUGACAAUUGGUGAAAGCAUAGUCACCAAAAUCUUGAUUGAUACUGGCAGCUCGGUAAACGUCAUUUUCAAAGACGUACUAAUUCAGAUGGAGGUAGACCUGCGAACGGCCGAUCAUGACGUCCAACCCCUCACAGGCUUUGACGGCGACACGGUUAUGACAGUUGGUACGAUCAUGCUACCAGUCUACGUAGGCGGAACGAUGCACUGCAUCAAUUUUGCCAUCAUCGAUAAACCAAUCGUCUACAACGUCAUCCUGGGGACUCCAUGGUUGCAUAAGAUGAAAGCUGUGGCGUCGACGUACCAUCAGUGCGUAAAGUUUCCAACCUCAAGAGGAAUAUUCACGCUACGAGGAGACCCGUUGAUCGCCAGAACUUGCUUCAUCAUCGAACGACAACAGCGCAGUGCCCGCACCUUCGCAAUCUCAGACCCUGCCGAGCAGCCAGAUGGUCGCGUCCGUCCCAACACCGAGCUAAUCAUCCAGGUAAACAUCGACCCUUCCGACACGACUCGUUGCGUGGGGAUCGGUGCCGACCUGCCGCAGACUAUCAAGGACGAGCUCGUAAAGUUUCUGUCCCAAAACGUCGAAACCUUUGCAUGGAGCAUGAGCAGUAUGACCGGAAUCGAUCCCACCAUAACAUGUCACGAACUCAAUGUGGAUCCAACGUUUAAACCGGUCAAGCAAAAGCGAAGAAAACUCGGACUAGAGCGUACGGCCGCCGUUAACGAAGAGAUCAAAAAACUACUCACGGCUGGGUCCAUCAGAGAAGUCAAGUACCCCGACUGGUUAAGUAACCCAGUAGUUGUGAAGAAAAAGAACGGCAAGUGGCGGGUGUGCGUCGAUUUUACCGAUCUUAACAAGUCGUGCCCAAAGGACAGCUUUCCUCUACCAAGAAUCGACCAACUGGUCGAAGCGACCGCGGGGAACGAGCUUCUAUCGUUCAUGGACGCAUACUCCGGGUACAACCAGAUAAUGAUGCAUAAAAACGAUCAAGAAAAGACGGCCUUUAUCACCGAUCAAGGCACUUACUGCUACAAGGUUAUGCCGUUUGGCCUGAAGAAUGCUGGUGCGACCUACCAACGCCUUGUCAACCGGAUGUUUGCCGACCAGCUCGGCCGAACAAUGGAAGUGUACAUCGAUGAUAUGCUGGUGAAAUCAACUCACGCUGCCGACCACGUUUCACAUCUCGCUAAGUGCUUUGAAGUUCUCAACCGAUAUAACAUGAAGCUGAAUCCAGCUAAGUGCUCGUUCGGCGUAACUUCUGGAGAGUUCCUAGGAUACCUCGUCACCAAGAGGGGUAUCGAAGCUAACCCGAAACAGAUUUCGGCGCUUACCAACCUACCAUCUCCAAGAAAUACUCGAGAAGUUCAACGACUUACUGGGCGAAUCGCCGCCCUCAAUCGAUUUAUCUCACGAUCUACCGACAAGUGUCUACCGUUUUACCAGCUGCUUCGCAGCAACAAAAAGUUUGAGUGGGAUGAUAAGUGUGAGUCUGCCUUCCAGGAGCUCAAAAACUAUCUCGCUACUCCUCCAGUCCUAGCUAAACCUGAUCAGGGGGAAACGCUUUACCUAUACAUCGCUGUCUCCAGCUCGACGGUUAGUGGUGUACUCAUUAAAGAGGACAGGGGAGAUCAGCAUCCCAUUUUCUAUGUGAGUAAAAGUCUCGAUGGAGCUGAGCUCCGAUAUCCAACCUUGGAGAAGCUCGCCUACGCCGUAGUUAUCUCGGCUAGGAAGCUACGUCCAUACUUCCAAUCUCACACUGUUGAAGUCUUAACUAACCAGCCGUUGAGGACCAUCCUGCACAGUCCGAGUCAAUCAGGUCGCCUGGCCAAAUGGGCAGUGGAAUUAAGCGAAUAUGAUAUCGAAUACAAGAAUCGCACUUGUGCGAAAUCUCAAGUACUCGCAGAUUUUUUGGUUGAGCUCUCCCCUGAACUAGAAUUAGGGGCUCCGCGCGCAGGGAAAUGGUCGUUACACGUCGAUGGUGCUUCCUCCCAACACGGCUCUGGGAUCGGAAUACAUCUCGUUUCGCCGACAGGAGAAGUACUCGAACAGUCAUUCCGGCUCGCCUUCACUGCCUCAAACAACGAGGCCGAGUAUGAAGCCCUGAUCGCAGGAAUGAGAUUGGCAGGUGGAAUCGGGGUUAAGAAGUUACAAGUUUUUUGCGACUCGCAACUAGUAACUCACCAGUUCAGCGGCGAUUACGAAUGCAGGAAUGACCGAAUGGACGUUUACCUUAAGGUUGUCCAGGAACUGUCCGGCUCAUUUGAGUCGUUUGAAUUGACGAAAAUCUCUCGUAGCGACAAUGCUCCAGCUGACGCCCUGGCCGUCCUCGCUUCAACAUCCGACCCCGACCUCCGUCGAAUCAUUCCUGUCGAGAGUAUUGAUCAGCCGAGCAUCAAUCUCCCAACGAACAUCGAUCCCAUUGCUCAAGAUUAUAAAAAGAAAAAGGUUAUGGAGGAUGCGAGCAUCAACAUGCCAUCCUCAAAGAAACAAAGAACAGGUGAGGGUCCUCCCGUGCUAACAUUGCGUAUCUCUGAACCAUCAGCCGCAAGCCGCCCUCGCGCUCUCCUUAGCCAGGCCGCUCUCGUGGUUACAGGCAUAAUGCCAACCUCAAACCGCUCAAAAAUGAAAGAGUGA